AAGUUACCUUUGUUGUAAGUGUCAUCGACUUGUAAUUGUAUUAUUGAUCCAUACAAAACGUCGCUUCAAUCGAAAUGGCCGACGUUUAGGGGGAGUGUCUUCUAUCUAGCGGAAAUCUGUUUCUGAGUGAUAUAUCUCGCAAAGAUAUCGUCAGCCUCUUGCGAGGCUCAUCUACAUUCCAUAUAUAAAAGACUGAUAACUUUUUAAAAUUGGCUGAAAAUGGCCUGGCGUUUUAAAGCCUCUAAGUAUAAAAAUGCAGCACCCAUUGUGCCAAAGCCCGAAGCAUGUAUACGGGACAUUUGUGUCGGGUCAUAUCAGACUUACGGGAACAAUAUAUGUGCAUCAGCUGCUUUUAUGGCAUUUAACUGGGAGCAUGUAGGAUCCAGUAUGGCAGUGCUUCCUCUAGACGACUGCGGGAGGAAGAGCAAAACAAUGCCAUUGUUACAUGCACAUUCCGAUACUAUCACUGAUAUGGAUUUUUCUCCAUUUCAUGAUGGUCUACUGUUAACAGGAUCACAAGACUCAUUGGUAAAAGUAUGGCAUAUACCACCAGAGGGACUCAAGGAAUCUCUAUCAAUUCCUGAGUGUACUUUAUCACAGAAGCAGCGCAGGGUAGAGAAUGUGGGCUUUCAUCCAGUGGCAGAUGGUCUCAUACAUGUUGCCUCUGGACAUGACUUUGCACUGUGGGAUCUGACCACACAGAAGGAGGCUUUUGUAAAUAAAGAUCAUACAGAAGUCAUCCAGUCUACUUCUUGGAAGAAGGACGGAAAGCUAGUAGCGACUUCUUGCAAGGACAAAAAAGUUCGCAUUUUGGAUCCUCGAGCCGACAGUCCCGUGCUCGGGGUCGCCAACAGUCACCAGAAUAUUAAGGACAGUCGCCUCGUGUGGCUUGGAGACACUGACAGAAUUCUCACUACGGGUUUCGAUUCAGCUCGGCUUCGUCAGAUAAUGAUCCGUGAUAUUCGUAACCUCUCGCAAACCCAGAAAACGUUAGAACUGGACUGUUCCACGGGUGUGUUGAUGCCCUUGUUUGACCCCGACACUAACAUGCUGUUCCUGGCCGGGAAGGGAGAUACGACUAUACUGUACAUGGAGCUGAGCGAUCGAGAGCCUUACCUUAUUGAGGGAUUGAGGCAUUCUGGAGAACAAACUAAGGGGGCGUGCUUAGUCCCGAAGCGUGCUCUCCGAGUGAUGGAAGGUGAAGUGAAUCGCGUCCUGCAACUCGCGGGGUCCUCGGUCGUGCCCAUCAUGUACCAGGUGCCGAGGAAGAGCUACCGCGAGUACCACGCGGACCUGUACCCCGACACGCGCGGCGCGCUCACGUACCUCAGCGCGCCCAUGUGGCUGCGGCACCAGGACUGCGCGCCGCCCACCGUGUCGCUGCACCCCGACGAGCGCCUCGCGCAGACACACAGAGGUAACCUUGAAGAAUUCGUCAAAGCGAUAUUAGCGAUGCCGUCGCCAAAGAAAACUGAACCAAAACCAAUCGUAACUCAGAAGUCAGAGGAACCCUUGAAGAAAACACAAAAACCAACGCAACCUGAACCCACAGACGAAGAUAGAAUAGACUUCGUUAAUGUCAAAGACCUGAUCAAAGGAAUGGAGAAACAAAAAUCGGAACCGAAAGACUAUUCCAAGGAUACGAAUGGCAUCCACAAGAAAAUAACUGAUAACGGUCACGAUUACGACAGAAAACUGGAAGAUGACGUCGAAACACAAAAGACCGAUGAAGAUACCGAGAAGACUAUCAAGUCCGAUAAGUCUCUCGAAAAGACGGAGAGUUCAGACUCAUCCGAGUCUCUAUCGAGAAGCAAUAGUUACAUAAAUGGUGUUCCCGUUCAGGUGCCUAAGCCCAUGCCUAGGUUGUCUAUAUCGGAAGCUGGAUCUUCUGACGACCAGGUCUCAGAAGCGCCCAAACCUAAACCGAGGACUACAUCAGUUCCUGGGUCUGGUUAUAAGCCUCGUUUGGGACCAAAGCCGUUCUCAGCGUCGGCCGGGAGCGAAGAGUUCUCGUUCGAUAAGGUGUUCUCCGUGCCAGCCGUGCCCGGACUCACUAAGUCUGAUUCCGGUUUAUCUCCUGUUGCGUCCGAUGCCCGUCCGGUCAGAGACGAAGAGAAGGAGAAGUCAUUGUCACCUACGAGUGAUGUUGAAGUUGCUGCGAACAAGGAAGAAUACACAAAUGGGAAAUCUGACACGAGCUUGGAAGAGGAAGUGAACUCUUCGGAUUCGGGAUACAGGCCCAAGACCCCCGGUACCGCUGAGCGGAGAAAGAUGUUCGAGACUACCGACGGCAGCAGCCAGUCGAUAGCGGAGCGCCGGCGCGCGUACGAGGCGCGCUCCGCCAGCGUCGCCAACGACGAGCCGCCCGCCUCGCCCGCGCCGCUCCGACGUAGAGAUUCAUUAAAGUCUCGCAAGAGUCCAGAACGUGAGGAAAAACGAUCUUCGGUGCCCAACGUCACCACGAAAAGAACAUCUACAGUCUUUGGUAAGGUAUCCAAGUUCCGACACCUGAAAGGCACGCCGGGACACAAAUCCACCCACGUGGAGAACAUCAAGAACAUCAGCAGACAGAUCUCCGGCGAGUGCAACGGCUUCUACGGCAACGGCGUGCGCUGCGGCGUGCCCGUCAGCGGCGGCGGCGGCGGCGGGCGCCUGGGCGUGGUGGAGCUGCCGCUGGGCAGCACGCCGGCCGCGCGCGCCGCGCUGCGCCACCCCGCCGCGCUGCACCCGCACGCGCUGCUGCACCCCGCGCCGCUGCAGGACUGGGCCUUCGACCCCUUCGACGAGCGCCGCCUGCUCGUCGCCUGCGACGACGGCCAAGUGCGCGAGUGGAUCCUGCCCGAGGACGGUCUCCAAGAAUCGACGAACGAGCCCAACCGUACUUUCUCAGCUCAUCCCGACAAAAUAUACAUAAUCCGGUUUCAUCCGACCGCUGCCGAUCUCCUGACCACGGCCGCCCACGACCUCACCAUUAAGAUCUGGGACCUCAGCCAGGAGACUCCGACGGCUGAAAUCACGCUGACCGGUCACACUGAUCAGAUAUUUGCGUUAGAUUGGUCGACAUGUGGAGAAUACUUAGCUACCGUUUGUAAGGAUGGUAACAUACGGAUAUUCAAGCCGCGCGCGUCGGCGGAGGCGCAGCGGCGCGGCGCGGGCCCCGUGGGCAGCCGCGGCGCGCGCGUGGUGUGGGCGCUGCACGACACGCACCUCGUCGUCACCGGCUUCGACAAGGUGUCGGAGCGGCAGAUUCUGCUGUACAACGCGACGGAUCUCGGCGCUCCGUUGUGCACGGUGGGCCUGGACGUGUCGCCGGCCAUACUGCACACACACCUCGACCACGACUCCAAUACGCUCUUCCUCACCGGUCGAGGUGAUUCCACCAUCUACUGCUACGAAGUGACGAGUGAGGCGCCUUACCUGUGCGCUCUGUCUCAUCAUCGCUGCUCCACGUUGCACCAGGGCAUCGUUUUCCUGCCCAAGAACCUGCUCGCCGUGGAGAAGGUGGAGUUCGCGCGAGCGCUGAGACUGACGAAUGGCAACAUCGAACCGCUGUCGUUCACGGUGCCCAGGAUAAAAAGCGAGCUGUUCCAGGACGACCUGUUCCCGCCCACGCUGGUGACGUGGCAGAGCUGGCAGUCGGCGCGCGCCUGGCUGGCGGGCGGCCGCGUGCCCGCGCGCACGCACAACCUGCAGCCGCCCGGCAUGGAGCCGCUGUCGAGUCACACGGCUGCCGCGCCGGCCAAGGAGAAGCCUCCGCAGAAGCCCAAACCAGAUCUCAUCAAAUCUCACGUACCCAUGGACCCUAAGGAUAAACAGGAGAGCAUAAUGAAAUCAAUGAGCGCUAAAGUGACAGUGAAUCUCAAGUUGGAACAGGACAGUAUGGAGGGGGUCGACGAGUCGGAAUGGGACCAAUGAGAAUCCUGCUGAGACUCCAAGAGAACGAAUGAAUGAACGAACGUAUGACACAUUCACUGAAAGUAUUUGAAUUAUAAUAUUCUUAUAUCCAGUUAUUAUUGAAAAGUAUUAAACUAAAUUAUUUAUCAUAUAUGAAAUUAUAUAUUAUAUGAGUUUCAGAUUUCUUAACAGUAUUCAGUUUGACAUUCAAUUUUAUGAAUAACUCUUUUUGAUUCAGAGAUGACAACGAUUACGGGUUAUAAUGAAAUUUUAAUUUAAAUAUGAUCAGUGAAGACCCCUGGUGCAGUAUAUUUAAGUUUAUUUACUCGGUAUACUUGAGUAAAGAUCAGUAUAUAAAAAUAGACUUGACAUUUCUUACAUAACCAAUGUUUGUUCUGACAUUUUUAAAGAACUUUGAAAUGUAUUUUUUCGUGAUCUCAUGUGGUCAAUAGUUGAUAUUUUGACAUGAAUACUCGACUAGUCUACACAAGUAUAUCGUCUAAGUAGCGGUAAGUAGUCCGGUAUUAGUCCAUAUCCAAGGAUACCCGAGUCCUAGAUCUAGGUUACCUAGCCGCCCUAAGUGUUUUGAUACUCAGCCGACAUGCGAUAUUUUAUAAACAUUUUUCUAGCGUAUACCUAUUUUAAAUAAUGUAACUUUAUAGCAUAGAUAAUAAAUAAUAUCACUUUCAAUGGUUGACCACGAUCUUAUUUUGUGAGACAAUGGAAUUAAGUUGAUGUUUGUCUAUUCUUAUUUAUUUACAUUACAUCAGCAAAGUCAGAAAGAAAUAGUUUGGAUAAAAUGAAAAAAAAAAAAAAAAACAUUUUUUUUAUCGUUUACAUAAACAGAAAUAAAUGUUUUCUUUUUCCGAAAAUCAAUAACUAAUAUCCAAGAGCAUAUGUAAUUUGUAUUUUGACAGAUGUAAUACUGUUACAUGUAACAAGGUGGAGUAAACCAAUGAACUUCGAAACUCUUAAACCUGUUUAAGAUGAAGUUUAGGUCUUUGCCCAACAGUGAGACAUCUGGUCAUUUAUAAUUAAAAAAAAAAAACAUCACACGGUACUACAUGAAAAUAUAAAAUUGGAAGCAGUUCCGUCAUUGUUCUAUUGGUAAACAGUAAUGUAAGAUGUAGAUCUUACGUCUUUGGUCAUUAAUUACACUGCUUCACUUAUGAUGUUUACCAUCACGUGUCACGUGACAAAAACAAAUAA